AUGGAGGAAGCCUCAACAACCAGUAAUUCGAAUGUUUCGAACGCUCCUCGUAUUGUAGUCGGCCUUAGUCGCUGCCAGGAAGAACCCAAUGUAACUUUGGUUACUGCUGAAGCACGUGAAUUAGGCUAUGACUUUAUCUUUAUUCCUAUUACUUAUCCCGGUUAUAGACGCUUCUUAUUUGAGCAACUAGUAGAUAGUGUUGAUAUCAACGAAAUGAAAAUUGUGGAAGAAUGGAGGAAAGGUUAUCCAUUUAGCAGAGAAGAUUUGGUGGUGAAAAAUGCAGAUGUAUCUGAUUUUGUGGUAGGCAAAGUUUCGGAUUGGAUUAAUUUAGAUUCUCCGGAACAUAGUAUAAGAAUAAAUUCAGAACUGAUUCUGCGACAACAAUUAACCUGGAUCGGACAUAUAGGCAUUUCUGCUGCGUUGAUACCAUUUCCUUCUGAUUCCUUAAUGAAUUAUGCAAGAUGCGUUAAUUCUAUUUUUGGAACAGUAUCCUACAUCAAUAUAUGGAUUAAAAUUCCUUUGAUCCUUGAAGAUGAGAUAUUAAAGUCGAAAGAAACUUUAACAUGGGAACGAUGGAACAAAUUUAGAACUCUAUGUGAAAACCACGUCAGGUUAUCUAUAGCUUUAGAAGUAACUAGGGACCUUCCGGAAGAUAAUAUACUUGAUCGAUGGUUUGCUGAACCAAUAAAAGCUGUCAUAUUACCCACGAAAAUUUUUUUGACCAAUGCUAAAGGGUUUCCAGUUUUAAGUAGAAGACAUCAAGUCUUCGUUCGUAGAUUUAUUAAAUACAAGCCUAAUUUUGUCAUUGACUGCGUGACGGAUGGUCCAGUUCAUGGAAGUGGCGGGCUUGCAGCAUAUCAGGAAUAUGUACAUUAUUUAAAUCGCACUAUGCCUGAGUUGACACAGGUUGAACAAUUUGCGUUAGGAUAUAAUGAUUUUUUGCAAUCUCCUUUACAGCCUCUGAUGGAUAAUUUAGAGUCAUCUACCUAUGAGGUUUUCGAAAGAGAUUCCAUGAAAUAUUCAUUAUACGAGAAGGCAAUACAUAAUGCCCUUUUAGAUCGCACUACUGGAUCAAAAGAAAUAAUAGUUAUUAUGGUGGUUGGUGCAGGCCGUGGGCCUUUGGUCACACGUAGCUUAAAGGCGGCCGAAAAAGCACAAAUACGUGUUAGAGUAUAUGCCAUUGAAAAAAAUCCUAGUGCUUUUGUCAUUUUACAGAAUAAGAAAGCAGAAGUAUGGGGAGAUAAAGUAACAAUCGUGUUUUCUGAUAUGCGAUUCUGGAAAGCACCAGAAAAGGCUA